AUGGCUGAUGCGAAAAGAUCAACAAUAGCUAUGAACAACAGCAGCGGCGGCAGUGGUAGCAGCAGCAGCAACAACGGCGGUACCAGCAAGUCCCGUAAAACCAAGAACGAUCUUAUCCGCAGCAUCGUGGGAUCCUAUCUAAAAGCGCGCAACUACAGUGAUACCGAUCGUUACCGAAAGUCGGAUCUCAUUCUCACGCAAUCAACAGAGCAAAUCGUGAUGAACACUGCCAUCAAGAACGACACAUCUGUGGUGAAUAGUUUUCUGUACUCGAACAUCUGCCUGAAUACGAACAUGACACAGGUGGAACAACAUUUUGCCAAAUUCGCAAAGUUCAUUCGAAGUCAACCGGAAGCAAUACGCACGGAACUGAGUGAGAUUAUUCCUCCACUGCUUUGCCAUCUGUACAUCGAGAUGUUGAAGGGGCGCGAUUGGCGGCCGGCAAUCGAAUUCCUAAGGAAGCAUGCCCCGCUAGUGGGUAAAGUAGAGCCCUCCUCAGUUCCGCCUAGCUCGUCCCCAAUGCACCUACUGUCGCAACAGAAAAUUAACGGUACCAUCGACAAUUCAUCGGUUUUAUCGGACGCGGGAUCAUUCCUGCCGGCGGCAGCUGCCGCAGCUGUACAAAAUUCCGCCAUAGUUUUUUCCCCCGGUCGCCCUUCCGAUUCGGCGCGAACAGAAACGUAUAGGCGGAUGAUCCAUAAGCUGUCCCAAAUUGUGCGGUUUCAGGACUGUGAAAGUGAACCCCUGGUGGUGCAGUUCCGGUCCUGUCAGACGCAAUUGCGUCUACGUUCGACUUCAAUCGCCGUGAUGCGGCAGUAUCUAGCCAAAUACGGUCACUCGCUUAUCCUGCAAGCGUUGCGCACGUGGUUCUACUUCGACACAUCGGAUGAUAAGAACUUUACGGACUUUCACCCGGGCACGGCGAGUUCGGUACGGACGAGUAUGAAUGGACGAACACAAGCAGUACGAUCUGGUACUACGAAUGGUCAGCUAAACGGGGAUAGCACCCCGAUGGAAGUAGAUUAUCCUUCCGACGCGGUUUCCGCGUUGGCAAAUCACGAAUAUGAUUUUACUGAGCAUACAGAGCGGGAAAACGAGCGGUAUCUCUUGUUGAACGGAUUUAGCCCCCAAUACGUACGGUUCAGAAUGCUCGAUGCAGAGAACGGACAACUGAAGAACGACCGCGUAAGCUCGGUGGCAGGACUUGAGGACGACGAUGACGAUGAGUACGAGAGCUUGGUUAAGGAUUUGAAAAGUACUCAAUGCGAAACUUCACCACAGCAGCAGCCGCUGGAUGAAGAAGAAGAUACUGGUGCUGGUUUGGAUGGAAUGUUCCCACGAAUGAGCGGCCGCGAACGGUUGCGACGGUUGAAGGAAAGUGUGGAAAAGCUCUCCCUUUAUCAGCGGCCACUUUGCGUGUAUAGUCUAGAAAACGUUGGCCACCAGCUGACGAGUCUGGCCAUCGAUCCCGGGUGCUGCCACGUAGCUAGCGGCUUCGAAGACUCAACCAUCAUGCUCUGGUCAACGAAUCGUAGCACGCAGAGAGGCCGAAAACCGUACGCUUGCUUUCGCGACCAGCAGUGCUGUUGGAAUGUGACUUCCUGUGAUAGUAGAUUUAGUGAAUCGGAGGAAUCCGAUGAUGAGAGCGUUGGGGAUGCUGGCGACAAAGAUGAAGUGAACGCCCGAAUAGCGGACGGAAGUGGGCAUUGUGAUGGCACGUCCCUGCUGGACGACGGAAUUGGGAGCAUUUUCGACCUCAAAACGCCAUCGGACAUUGAGCGAGUAAACAAAUUACUGCCACCGCACAAACGUCGUUUGACCAAACGGGAACGAUGGAAGCAGUUUCUAGAAAAACGCUGCCUGGAGAAUACUUUUUCCGAAACCGGUGGUUUAGCUUUGCGGGGACACGGCAACGCCGUGACGGACCUGCUGUUUUCCGAACACGGCCCACUGUUGAUGAGCGUUUCGCGGGAUUGUACGAUGCGUGCUUGGGUAGGCACAGAUUACACCUGCAGGGCGGUGUACCGUGGACACAACCAUCCUAUUUGGAGUGUAACGGAAAGCCCUACGGGAUUAUACCUUGCCACGGGCUCACGAGAUACUACGGCUCGACUAUGGUCCACCGAUCGACGGUUUCCGUUGCAGAUGUAUGUGGGCCACACGCAGGAUGUGGAUACGGUUGCGUUCCACCCUAACGGCAACUACCUGGCGACAGGAUCGACCGACCUCUCUGUACGUUUGUGGUGUGUUACCAGCGGAAAGCUGCUGCGAAUAUUUACUGACUGCCGACAACCGGUACAAAGGAUUUGCUUCAGUCCCGAUGGGAAAUAUCUUGCCGCAGGAGGCGAGGAAAACCGAGUGCGAAUCUUUGAUCUCACAGCUGGUUCACAGUUGACUGAGCUGAAGGAUCACACUGCAGCCAUCACUUGCAUCACGUGGAGUGCGGACAGUAGUCACUUUGUGUCCUCGUGUGCGGACGGUACGAUACGCGUUUGGGAUGCCAAACGGAUGUUGUUGCACUCUUCUUCUGGGGGCAUUCCGUCUUCUUCCUCUUCGGCGGCAGCGUUGAUGCAAACCCGUGAACCGGCAUCGUCCAACUUAAGCACAGGACGCAACUCCCACUCUUCCGCCACGCUCAAUAAUGGCACCUCGUCCAUGUCCAAUCCAAAGAUGAACAUCACAUCCAACUCGCAGCAACAGGCUGCUGGCGUCAGGAGUGGUACCGGAUCGGCGCAUCAUCUGCACAACGCGCAGCACGAACCACCAGGCGGGUUUUCAUCAUCAGCUUCCACCGCUGCUGCCACUAGCAAUAAUCUCCUGCUCGCAUACUCAACCGGUUGUCGGCGAAUUUAUCGACUGCACUACAAUAAGCUUAACGGUGGCUUAGCGUGUUUAGGGAGUAGUUAAAGAACAGAGAAACAAAAACCUGGAAUAAGUAUUAUUUAUUGAAACUCAGUCCUCCAAGAAAAGAAAAAAAGCAAACUAUGGUGGAAUGUGAAGAAAUUAUCGGUGUGCUACUGCUAACGAAAUACAACGUGACAGCAGCAAACGUAAUGAUAAACGAAAUUAAGCAGCUGAAAGUACACUUUUCGUUUUCGCUACCGCACGCAAUCUGUGCCGUGCGUGAAGGAUCUUAGACAGUGAGUGGAAUGAAUGAAAAUAAACAAUAGCUGUAAGAA